AUGGAACCGCCAGAUAUCGACGACAUCGUGGCCAAAAUGCCCAUCCAAGGCCUAAGCUACGGUGUCCGGACCGCAUAUGGCGACACCUUCAGGCUCGCCGUCGCCAACGGCACCGCAAAGCCCCUGCUCUUACCCUGGUGUUUGCUUGGCCCGUUCAUCGUACCCGCGCUGUGGCUGGCUGUUCCGCAUAAGCGCCGGAUGUGGUUCUAUCAUACGCGAUGGCUGGCAAUGGCGUUUAUCGUAUGGUCCAACGUCUAUCAUUUGCGGUAUGCCUCGAGCACGAAUAUGGCGUGCGCGUAUGCGGCUGGGCUGGCGGCGACGUGGGGGACCGUCUUGAGCUUGAACCUGCUCAUCUGGACGAGGCCACAGUUUGAUGCUGCUAGAGUGCUGAGGGUUAAGAAAGAUCCUGACUUGAUCGGCGAGGUGGACGAUAAUCUUGGACCGGACUCGGUGGACGCUGAAGUUACGGGCAAUGAUGUCCAGGGAGAGAACGCAAAGACAGACGGAAAAGGGAAUGGAAAUGGGAACGAGCUGCGAACACGAAAGAAGCCGUCCAAUAGCUUGAAAUCACAAGCCGGGCAGCAACAGCAGGAAUUUGAGUAUAUCUGGGAACCUUACCCAGAUGGAGGCUUUCUUGAGCGGCUAGCAUGGUCCACAGAUCUCAUACUCAGCUUCCGAUGCGCUGGUUGGAACUGGUCCGUCGCAUCCCUCCCUAGGCCUACAAUCCCCUCCCAAAUCUCUCACGGGGACAAAGUCGACGUGGACUCGAUACCAAAAACCAGCAGAAGCGGAUAUAAGCGCCAUCUCACCCAGGCCGGGUUUGUCCGCGAUCGUCUCACCAAAAUCAUCGUUCUCUAUUUCGUCCUCGACUUCCUCUCCGUUUACAUGGUGAAAGACCCUUACUUCAUCCUCGGGCCAGACCACCAAAACCACGUGCUUCCGCCUCACCUCCAGAGAAUACCCCCGUGGCUGCUCCUCGCUUAUAGGGAAAUCUUUUGUCUUGCCGGUGUGUACGCUGCGAUUGAGGCCGUCUUUGCUGUAUCAGACCUGGCACAGUACUGGAUGGCCAACCGCUUCUAUCCUUCUCGGGGGUUUCUAUUCCAGUUUGCUUCGACGUUUGGCUCUUUUGGACAGGUCCUCGACCGCGGUCUCGCUGGCUGGUGGGGAAGCAUGUGGCAUCAGACGUUCCGCAUGCAGUUUGCCGCUCCGGUAACAUAUCUCUUUCGAGAGGGAUAUCUGAAAAGGGGCACGCGGCUUGCUUCCCUGCUGGCUAUUCUCGUGUCAUUUUUGCAGUCUGGGAUCCUACACGCUUCGGGCAGCCUCACCUCUGUGCCAAAGACGAAGCCUUGGAGGGCGCCGGCUUUCUUCCUCCUUCAGGCGACGGGCAUUGCGCUUCAGCAAUGCGUGGCGUCGAUAUCUCGAGCGUACAUGCCACGGCCGCCGCGGCUUGUGUCUCGGACUGCUAAUCUUGUCUUUGCGCUGGUGUGGUUGUAUUUUACGGCGCCUCUUUUCAUUGACGACCUUUCUUCGACGGGGCUGUGGCUGGUUGAGCCGGCGCCCAUAUCUCUGUUUCGGUUUUUGGGGUUUGGACAACAAGGGGAUCACUGGUGGCGCUGGGAUUGGGAUCAUUUGCCUAAGUUGUAUGUGGGAGAGACAUGGUGGCAGACUGGAAUAGCAUUGUAG